GCCUCCGGGCCGCCCUCAGCCCUGCCGAUGGAACCCCUCGGGGCCGCGCAGGCCUUCCUGGAGCACAGCGACCCCGACGUGGAGCCCCCCGAUCACAUCAGGCCCGUUUACCGCGGGAGAUUCGUCGACAGGUUUCCCUGCUGGCCAAGCGCCGGGAAGCUUUAUCCAAUCGGGCACAGGGUCGCAGCCUGCCUCACUGAAAAACGUCCGCGGCUUAUCACUCCACCUGUGGUGAGAAAAUUUCUCAACACUUCAAAUCCACCUCCAGGAGCCGAAAGAGUAUUUUAUGGAAGGGCAAAUGAUCCUAAUAUCGCCGCCCAGUUAACACAUGGCAAGAGAAACUCUUCAUUCAAAGCAGGAACAUUGAUAAAUCCAUCUCUUCUCAGUACAUGUGAACGAAAACUUAGAGAGAAAAGAGAAUCGUUUUACUUCAGUAAUCAACUAAAACCACUAGGGAAAUCCUAUGAUCAAACAUCAAGAUUGCCUAAAAAUCUGGAUAUAGUCAAUACAACCUUUGGAACAACCAGCAUCAGAGGAUUAUCUGCCAGAGAGUUGAUAAAUCCACCCAAAUCCUUUGACCAAGUUUUUAGGGAGUCGGAAGAAGGGCGGGAUCUGUACAUCAUCUCGCACAAUGGUUACGGCCCAGGAGAGGCAAAGAACAGGAAAUACAACCCAGCUAGUUUCCACAGGUUUAAAACGUACGGAUUGGAAACGCCUCAUUUUAACGACGGAUGGAACCUAGCCAAAUCUCUGUAUUGGCGCCACAAUCUUCAAUUGAAGAACAAAGCACAGGUGGUUUCCAAAAUAAAUGAUGAUUUCAAAGAAAAAUUUCAUCCUCAACUUGGAAAAGUCCUUGAUCCUAUUGCAGAAACAAUGAACGUUCCACCAGGCCACACAUUUGGAAAGCCUCUCCUACCGGAUGAGUAUGGUUUUGGUGAUCUGCUCCGUUAUUAUAGACUGCCUAGUGAGUUCCUCCGACAUAAAGACCAAGAGUGCGCUACCUUGGUAGCAGUUCGCCAUUACCUGAAGAAUGUGAACUAUCACAACUUUCAGACUUUGCUGGCGGCAUUCAGGCACUUCGACCAGGAUGGGGAUGGAAAGAUAGACAAAGAAGAGCUACAAAAAGCCUGUUGCCAAGCUAACCUAGACCUAGAGGAAGAACUCCUGGAGGCUCUAUUUGAUUUCUGUGAUUUGGAUCAAGUCGGCCGGAUCGACUAUAAAGAAUUUGCAAAUUUUCUUAACUGGAAGGAUAGAAUGGUCAUGAAGGAGUUUGAAGAAAAGAUCCUUACUCGAGGGAGGAAGCUGGAUUCUGUCCAGACUCCCCUGCGCCAUGACACUACUUUAUUGAAAGCAGAAGACAUCAAACUGAAGGAGUCAGGGGGUUCAGAGAAAACACCCAAGGCACCCUCAAGACCAACAGGGAGAGUGUUUUCUGACUAUCGGACAACCUCGUCGCAGAUUAAUGCAAUCGUGGGAGGCUUGCCUCUGACUUAUUACCCCAUGUAUGGUAUUCCAACUAUUCGUAGUGACAUACCAGCGCCUCGUAUCCGUAGCAUCACUGACGAAAUGAACUAUGGGGGAGAUGGCACAGCUUAUGCUUUAUUGUACCCAUCGGUUUACAGUCAGAAGAGAGUGUUUGAAAGCGAUUUCUUCAAAACUAGAUCCAAGGAAGAGAUUGCACGGAUAUUACGCAACAUCGGUGUAAACCUUUCUGAUGAAAAUUUUGAAGAAUUGUGGACUCUGGCUUCCAAGAAGCAACACAAUGGGGAAGUCUGUGUGGAGACCAUCCUCAAAGUCCUAGAUGAGAUGCAGCACGCAUCACACAUCAAGUGUCAAUGAUAACUUCAAACAGAAAGAGCCCUCGUUUAUGUGAUGUUGUAUAUGCCUUUAAAUAGAUUCUGUCGGUA